CGGAAGUAAAAGUAAAUAUAUCAAAAUAAAAGCCAGUAGGCUAGAAUGGUCUUUAAAAGUGUAACAUUAUGCAAGCACAGGAUCUGUAGCCUACCAGGGAAACGUUAGAAGACAAAUAAAUAAAUGCUUAUAAAGAUCUCUUUGUCUUGUUCUUUUCAUUUUGACAUGAAAUAGCCUCUCUUGUAUCCAAACAAAGUGUGAGAUAUAUUAUUUAGCUGCGUAGAGCGUGAAUUCCUUGCCUUAUUAAUUAUAUGUGGAAAUGGCCUGUGUGGUCCUUCCCCAGUACUGUUGUCUAAAGUGACCGGCUGAAGUCCCCACGUGCUACCAAAUGAUUGGUCAACGUCUCACAUAGACUAGUAAUAUGCUAUCAAAUAACGUCAUAGUGUACGUCAUGAACGUGCUCAUAUUCACCUGCUCAAGUACUUCAGCGCAGUUUUGAGGUACUCGUGCUUUACUUGAGUGUUUCCAUGUCGUGCUUAGUUUAGUUAUUGGUUACUUUUCAGAUUGCAAUUUUGUAAAUUGUUGUUAAAAACUAUUCGAUAUUAGUUAUCCUGGCCUAUCAAAUGAGUGAACGCCCUGAAUCUCGCGCACCAUCCGGCCGCGAGGACUCCCGCUCGGUCUCCAUUCCAGCCGCACGGGACGCACAGCGCGGAACAAGAUGCGCUUUUUGUAGUCCAUCUUCGGAACGCUGUAGUUUCACCACGCCAAUAACAUCCGCCGCGGUGUGAUGCUGCGUUCCAGACAACUCGGAACUCGAACAUUCCCGACCUCCUGACAGGAAAGGUGCAGUGGAACGCCUCUCAGUCAGCUUCAGUUUCUGAAGAAUACCUGUCCGUCUGCGGCGGCCGUCAUGCCACUCAGGACUGUUACUGCUGCGGGCUUCUGAUGUCUCCUCCCAUGUGUUUCCAGAAGCUGUUGGGAAUAAUCAAAUCACACAUGAAGCCGCACAACAAUCCAGGUACAUUUAACCGCAAUGAGUUCUGAGUUUAUUUUCAGUAAAAUAUCAAGCCGUCAAUGAGAUUUCUGCCAACCAGGCAACAGGAGCACUGCGCACACUACUGCCCCCGACCAUGCAUGUACUUUGUUACACCUCUGCGUGAACACCGCAGCUGGCUCGCACCCUCAGCCCUCCGAGGGGCCAUCUCCGAGGGGCCGUCUCCGAGGGGCCGUCUCCGCUUCACUUGAGUUUUCCAGCCAGUUGGACCUCAUGACCUUUUCCACGGAGGUCCAGGAAACGUGCUGCACGCAGGGUUUCAGCCAGCGGCCCGGUUGUUAGUGUGCAUUAGCUUCAUUAUCUCACACCUGAGACAUUUCUCUCAAAAUAUUCUGCAAAUAUGUCUUUUUCUUCAGGAUAGGAUUAUACAGUAAUGUUGUCUUGAAGGAUACUUUCAAGGUAGACAGGUAUAAAGCUUAUUUCAAACUGAACACUGGUUACCAACACACACCUAUCAGUGAUAUUAACUAAUGGAAGGGGAGCUCUCCUUUUCUCUGUUUGAGUGCAUGUAGCACAUGGAAUGUUCUUGUUCGUCUGUAUCUAUACAGGAUCUUUCAUAUAGGACAAAAGUAUAAACUGACAAUAUAAUUUAUUAUCAACCCAAACUUUCAAACAUGCCGCUGAACUGAUUAUUGCAGUAGCUGUAAACCCGAGGGCAGCCGUGUGUGUGCAGGUUCCAGCCUGAUCUCCUUCUGCGAGGCAGGGCUGUGCUGCCGCCGGGGAUCCGAGCCGUGUGCGCCUGCGGCGGGACGCCACACGGCGGCCAGACUGCCUUGCUUCGCGGCUGCGGGCAGAGAUGGCGUCCUGCUGCCGGUGAAUAAGCAGAAAAACAGAGGGAGGGGAAAGGGAUGCGGGCAGCGGAAGACGAGAAGCUGCAUCAUUUAGACCAUCACAUGGCAGCAGAUGACUUUCUCUGGCGAUGAUGGCGGCGCUUUGAAAACAUUUACGGAUGUUUAUUGUUCUUUUUAGGCUACAUGAGAUCUGAAGCAUCGGUGUGACUCCUCGGAGAGGCGGUGCUGUUUCUCCCUCCGGCGGGGCGCUCUGCUCAUCCGACGCAGGGAGGAGAGGGCAGAGGGAGGGAGGGAGCGGCGAUGGCUGCGGGUGGAGCAGGAUGCGGGGACACGGUGGAGCAGUGCCGGGCCGAGGUGGAGCGCCUGACCCGGGAGCUGGCGGAGGCCAACCGCGAGAAGAUCCGGGCAGCGGAGUGCGGGCUGGUGGUUCUGGAGGAGAACCAGAGCCUGAAGCAGCAGUACGCCGACCUGGAGGCCGAGCAGGAGGCGCUGAGGCUGGAGCUGGAGCAGCUGCAGGAGGCAUUUGGCCAGGCUUACUCCACCCAGCGUAAGGUGGCAGAAGAUGGGGAGACCAAUGAGGAGACACUGCUGCAGGAGUCUGCCACCAAGGAGGCCUACUACAUGGGCCGUCUCCUGGAGCUCCAGUCGGAGCUGAAGCACAGCCGGGCCACCACCUGUAACACUCAGGCCGACAAUGAACACCUGAGCAUGCUGCUGCAGGAGCUGAGGGAGCAGAGUAAUGAGAUGUUGGAGCUGCAGCGCAGCCGGAUGCGAGAGGAGAUAAGGGAGUAUAAGUUUCGAGAGUCGCGGCUGCUCCAGGACUAUACCGAGCUGGAGGAGGAGAACAUCUCUCUGCAGAAACUGGUGUCAACACUCAAACAGAAUCAGGUGGAGUAUGAAGGCCUGAAGCAUGAGAUCAAGGUCCUGGAGGAGGAGACAGAGCUCCUAAACAGCCAGUUACAGGACGCGCUGCGUUUGAAGGACAUCUCAGACACCCAGCUGGAGGAGGCGCUGGAGUCUCUGAAGAGUGAGCGUGAGCAGAAGAACCACCUGCGCAGGGAGCUGGUCCACCACCUCAGCAUGUGUGAUGUGGCCUACACUGGCAGUGCCCACCUGACGUUCACCUCCGCCCCCCCCAGUGGCAACGCCACCCCAACCACUCUGCUCUCCCCAAAUGUAGAAGAGCCAACAAGGUGUAACGGGCACCUCCAGGGUGGGACUGGGACAGGAACAGCUGCAGGGUCGGUGCCCAGGGCUAAUGGAGAGUGCAGAGGGCCGGGUCGGAAAGCUGAGGGGCCGACGACGUCAGACCUCUUCAGUGAGAUGAAUCUGACAGAGAUCCAGAAGCUCAAGCAGCAGCUGAUGACGGUUGAACGUGAAAAAGUAGCACUGAUGACCAGCCUGCAGGAGUCCCAGACUCAGCUUCAACACACCCAGGGGGCCCUGACCGAGCAGCAUGAGAAGGCCCUCCACCUUAGCCAGAAAGUAAUUGCCCUCCGCCGCCUGCAUCGAAGGGCCCACCUAAACAAGGAAGCCCACGCCAGUGCCACCUCGCAGCUCAACCCUGAGGCCCUAAUGGAGCUGGACAGGGAUGAGGAGGAGGCUGAAGAGGAAGGAAGAACUCAGGAUGACAAGAGUGAAACACUGAACAAAAGUCAGGUAUUUUCAUACCAGACGCCAGGUCUGGAGAUCCUGCAGUGCAAGUACCGUGUGGCUGUGACAGAGGUAGUGGAGCUCAAGGCAGAAGUGAAAGCCCUCCAUGACAGACUGGCUCAGUGUGUAGAGGGAGCAGCGGACGAGAAGCCAAGGCGAAAUAGUCAGCUUCAGAAGCUGGAGAGGCAGGUUGCCUCAUUGGAGAAGAGCUGCCGGGAAGGACGGGAGAAGAUUUCUAGCCUGGAGUUGGAGUUGCAGGCAGCUCAGUCAACAGCCAAUGAGAGCCAGGGGGCGUUGAAUGCAGCUCAGGAUGAGUUGGUGACGCUGAGCGAGGAGCUUGCCCAGCUGUACCACCACGUCUGUCUGUGUAACAAUGAGACACCCAACCGCAUCAUGCUGGACUACUACAGGCAAGGCAGAGGGCUCAGGGGCAUCAGUGCCAGUCUUAAAGCCAUGUCUUCGGACAACAGCAAAGUUCUCCUCACACCACGCCUUGCCAGGCGGCUGGCCGCUGUUGCUUCAACAACUGUAACUCCUGGGGAAUCGUGGAGCCCCUCGGAGUCUCCAUCCAAGGACUCUUUAUCUGGGGAGGGGGGGAGAGAGGGCCUGCAGGUGCCAUCUGAGCAAAGCUUGCCGCCCUGCACACCUCCGACCCGCUCACCCAGCAUCAGUGCCUCUUCAUCAUCAUCGUCAUCAUCAUCGCCUGCCCUGGAGCCAGCUGGUGAGCUGCGCAAGGAGCCCAUGAACAUCUACAACCUUAAUGCCAUCAUCAGAGACCAGGUGAAGCACCUCCAGCGGGCAGUAGACAGGUCUCUGCAGCUGUCCAGACAGAGAGCUGCUGCCAGGGAACUGGCCCCUCUCCUGGACAAGGACAAGGAGAGUUGCAUGGAGGAGAUCCUGAAGCUCAAGUCUCUGCUCAGCACCAAGAGAGAGCAGAUAGCCACCCUCAGAUUGGUGCUCAAGGCUAACAAACAGACAGCAGAGGGGGCUUUGGCCAACCUGAAGAGUAAGUAUGAGGCGGAGAAGUCCAUGGUGACUGACGCAAUGAUGAAGCUGAGGAAUGAGCUGAAGGCCCUGAAGGAGGAUGCCGCCACUUUCUCCUCUCUGCGGGCCAUGUUUGCCACCAGGUGUGAUGAGUACAUGACACAGCUGGAUGAGAUGCAGAGGCAGCUGGCUGCAGCCGAAGAUGAGAAGAAGACUUUGAACUCCCUCCUACGAAUGGCCAUCCAGCAGAAACUGGCCCUCACCCAGCGUCUGGAGGAUUUGGCCUUCGAUCAAGAGCAGAGCCAUCGCACCCGCAGGGGCAGGCUGACCCGUGGGAAGACCAGCACCCCCAAAGUAAGUCCCCCGGCCUCAGCUUCGGUCUCCAACCUAACCCAAGGCUCCACUUUGGCCCCUGUCAUGCUUCCCCCUUCCAGCCUUACUAGUCCUACGUCAAUUCUUCCUGAUGAUCCCACUGUGCCCCUUAGCCCAUCUGUGGUCAGUGCAGCUGCUGCAGCUCUGGCCUCUGCUCUCACCUCCCCUACGUCACACAUACCCCCUCGCAGUCCGUCAUCACUAGGGGUCGCCUCAUUGGCUGGCCCUUCAGUGCCAGAGAGCCCCCCAUCUCUGGAGGCCCCCUCCUCUCCCUUGGCACGGACCCCGCCCUCAUCCCCUCUGAAGCUGGCUCACUCCCAGUGGACCCUGGGGGUGCGGACAUUUGUAGUUGACUCCCAGAGUUUCAGUGUCAACAUUUCCCCUGCUCUGCCCCGUAGCUCGGGCCUCUCCAGGCACUACACCCCAGAUUCUCAUACUUCUCCCGCAUCGACCACCACCACCAGGCCCACCCAGCAAGGAUCUGCCCCCUCCUCUCCCUACCGAUCCCCUAUUCUGGGGCUCAGACGCUCCACAUGGAGCCCCUCACCCCGAACUCGGCCGUUGUCCACCCUGACACGCUCUUCUGUCCUCUACACUCCUUCCUCCUCCUUCCCUUACUCCUCCUCUCACUCCCCUUCUUCCUCCCACAACUAUUCCUCUGCCUACUACAGCUCUUCUCCUGCUUUUACCCCCUCUAGCUCCUACCUCACCUCUGGCACCUCCACCUCCUACAGCCACUCCACACACUACACGCCCCUCUACCCCAGAUACUACAGUUCUUACCGGCCCCGGCACUGAUCCCCUACUGUAAAUCCUUUACUAUAAGCCUUUUGAAGGCUUUUCCACCAGGCUCCUUAUUGACACUAAAACUGCAACUACCAUCAUCUUUCUCUUUUUGUCACCUGAGCAAGUGGGGGCUCACAGAGAGGAGGACAGAGUGGUUUCCUGUUUCCCAGUUCCUGUUUUCCUGUGCCUAAGCUUUGGCCAAUGGGUUCUGAAUGUUCAGUGACUUUGCUCAGGGAUUUGACAUAAGGAGCACAAGCGUCCCCGCCUUCCUUUUAUUCUGAGGCUGCUGAUUGGUUCACAGGAGUACGUUAAUAGAGACUUUUUAAUGAGUUUUUAGCAUUUAGGUUCUUCAGGUUGAGACAUGCAUGAAAUGAUUAAAACACAGAGACAUUCAGACACUGACUGGACCACUAGGUAGACGCUUUCAUACGUUCGAAUAAGGGUCAUGACACAUUAAAUACCGUCCUCUAUAUUCAAUGUAAUAUCCGCUCUGUUUUAAAUGGUAGUGAGUCUCAUAUACUGUAUACACAAACACUGUAAACCACAUGUCUUUCAGUGCAAGCAUUCUUCUUUGUUGAUGAGGAACUUGGAUGCUUAAGGGUUCAGUAUGAUUCAAACAAAUUAGGUUGUACAAUUUGUCCGAACACGUCUGAAGGCAAAAGUGUUUAUACCUGGCUACAUUCAAAGGUGGGGUGAGAUGUCUGUUGUCCUAGAGAGAGGUGAGACAAGAUGAUCUCUCCUCAAAGGCAUUUGUGGUAUUGCACUCAGUGACGGUAGUAGUUAGUUAGUAGUAGUAGUUGUGGAGAAUAAAAAAAGAAAGCCUGCAAUUUUUUACAACUAUGCAUACCUGGCUAAUCGUUGCAGACAAGUCGAACAUGCUUGUUGGAUUGUCGGUUUCGAAUGUUACGAAAUGUUGACAGAUGCACCCCCCAAAUUCCAACGUUGGAAGGGUGUGAGGGGAGGGUUUUUGAGAGGCUGUUUGGCUUUUCAAUAAGAACUUUGUUUGAAGCAUACUGACUCUGAUGUUUCAGCUUUGAUUUCACUCUAUAAUCUUUCUCUCACACACACUUGUAUGAGACAGCUGUGGAGGAGGAGUGAUUGACUAAUCAUUGGUAUGCACUGUAUAUUUUUUGUCAUGGUGGAUGGCGCUUUCCAAAAAAGGAAUCUCAAUGAGUAUUUUUCAUUUCUUGCUCUGGGUUGUUGCCAUCAUCAGCUCAGCCUUUAGCUAUUUUUGUCCAUCUCUAGCACCACCCACUGGUUUGUUGUUAUAUAGCCAUGUAUUCAGCUAUGCAUGUUCACGUUUGGAUGCUCUUAUACUGCAGACUUCCUGACCCUAAAAUAUUAAAAAUCGAUCUGAUAGAGGUGCAGGCUGUAUGGAAGGUCAUGGCAGGGAAGAACGUGAGUGAGGUGGAGAGCAUUCAAACAUGGCAUAUGACCAGUGUAGGAUCAGCUGAAUCCCAUAGUCUAGUCAUUGUAUAAGGAAGCAAUAUGAAUUGGAGUGUCUCAAUAGUCUGAGGUUGCUUUCACCUUAUUAUUUGAACCUGCUUUAAGUAUAUUAGCUAUUAAAAAGCACUGCUAAAGUAACUUUUAAUUCCAAAGAAAUUCAAAUUCCUCUAACACGUCACCCAUUAGUUACAGCAGGGUAGCAUAGUGAGUAGGGAGGGUUUUUUUCCAACUGCGUCCUGCUGAAUUGCUUUUGAGAAAGAUGCAAAUCCCCACCAGCUACACUGGUUAGGAUCUGAAAUAUGCCCCUCUCGAAAUAUGAACUUUCUGGUAUGAAUCUCAUAAUAAUUUGUAAAUUGCCUCAUCUGGUCCUGCACCACCUUGACCAGGUUAAAAACAAGUCCAAUUUCCAUGCAACAAGAGAUCUGAACCCUUGUGCAAAUUUCUCAUUCUUUGCAAAUUUGGGAACUUAAACCAGACUGCUGUCUCUCACUGUUACUAUUAGCUUACUGAAGAUGACCACUACAGUUACUGAUAGUUUUGGUUGAUUAAAUCUUUACAUCAGUUUAAAGAUUAUACUGUGUAUAUUUUUUCUCAAAAAGCCAGCAAUUUUGUGAGUAACCAUAUGCUAAAAUUAAGGAAUUAAACAGGUGAUUCAAAAAAGUGCAACCAAAUGACCACAUGACUUAGUAUCUUUAUAUCCACACACUGACAGGAAGAGGAAGUGAAUGAAGACUAUUCUGACUCACCAUCAUGGCUGACUUCAGAGUUAUACUGGUAAAUUCACGAUGUAGCACCCCGCUGCCUCUGAGGCUAUCUGGAGAGGUUCAUCCAAUAACACAGAAUGAAUGUAUUCAGGUUAUGUGAAGGCUUGUUCAAAGCACUGCACCAAACUCAGGGAACGUGACACACCUCAUUCAACCUGGAAUGAGUCAACAACCAAACCAGAAUGACUAUCAGAAUCAUAUCGUUUUAACUGAGUGAACAGAUCUCCCAAAUUAGAUCAAAGGUUAGAGUUAAGUUCUAGUCAAGUUAAAGGAAUUCUUAAAUAUACUUGGAAUUCUUAAAUAUACUUGUUUUACAUCUUACCCAGAGUCACACUAGAAGAUUGAUAUAAACUUCAUCUGGUGUCCAGUAUAGAGAUAUAUCUGGGAUUUGUGUAGCCUAGCUUAGCACAAAGCCUGGAAGCAGGGGGAAACUACUAGCUUAUGCUGCAUUCAUGCAAUAUUGGCAAAAUGGGAAGAAUGAAAAAAACUCUUGUAAUAAACAGAUCCAAACAUUUCAUAACUCCGGUUUAAUUUGCUGAAUGGACUGCAUUAGAGUUAAUAUUGGACUUCAUUUACAUCUAACUGCCAGUGAUGGUGGCUUUGCAGCCAUUUUGCCACCAGUUUGUUGGCACCUUUUUUUAGUUCUUUCUGUUAUCGACUCGGAAUUUGAACUAGAGGGCUGUAAUGAAUAGUUUUUCCCACUCUGCUGCCCAUAAUUACGGUCUGAACAAUAUGGAGUAGGUCCAUAAAAAUAAUAAUACACCUUCCCGGAAUUGUUUUGUUUACCCAUCAUAGGGGGUUAGCUACUCGCCAGUACAUCCACACCUCUGUACUGGAUUCACUGGAUGUUGAUCUUCUAAUUUGACCUGAGUUGACAGCAAGCUAAUUUCUUAAAAUGUUUUUUGAUGUACUUUUAGCUGUUGGCUAACAUCAUAUCUGAGAUCCUACCAGUUCAUCACCCAUGAUACCGUAUUCCCUGUGUCUGUGUGUGCCUUACAAAACCUAUUAUACAGUACAAACACAGUGUAGCCUAAUAAUAAAUGCCUGUCUGGGAACAAAA